AGAUAAGGCGCAGGGACACAACACAAGGAAUGGUCUUGGUGUGAACCAUAGCCAUGGCUACUUCAUCAACCACAUUAUUGCUAUCAUCACUCAUACCUGCAAGCAUCCCAUCAUUCAACUCUGGAAACCAUUCAGUUUUUUUGCUUCAAAACCGUUCUUUGAAUCGACCCAAGAAGAGAGUUUCCUUCGUUGUUCAAGCAGCCAAGCCCCCUAUUGGUGUGGAAAUUCCAAAGGUGCAGCCUCAAUUUAAGCCUCCGUUUCUUGGGUUCACUAAGACUGCAGAAGUAUGGAACUCUAGAGCUUGCAUGAUUGGAAUCAUUGGAGUUUUUAUUGUAGAGUUUAUAAUAAACAAGGGCAUACUUCAAGUGAUUGGGGUUGAUGUUGGCAAAGGCCUUAAUAUUCCUCUCUGAACAUUAUUUUUGGCUGUGCUCGUAAAUGUUGUCAUAUAUAAAGUCAAUGUUUUAACCUUUUUUCUUAUUGAUCUCAAGAACAAUUUUUCAAAUUGCCGUGUCAUUUGAAAAUCUUCUGUAAUCUAAUAUCUGUAUUGAGGUAUAUUUCUGAUAUUCUUGGGUUGACUUGUUGGUUUGGUAUCUGGAACUCGAAACUGCCUGUCAAGCUAUUUACGAAGUUAUUCAUCAAUUUGAAUUGUUUUACCAAA